AUGUUGAUUGGCUUCUUGGCCUCUGAAUUGCUCUGGUUCAUUGGGGGAUGGCCAGUCGAUAAAUUAGAAUCAGCUUCGGAUGUUCCAGGACACAGAAUUCUACUUCUGGCUAACAGCUUGUUUUCGAUCUCCACGGUUUUAAGCGUUUUUUAUUUGGGUAGUUUCUGGACAGUACACUCCAUGGGCGGUUCGUUGCAGAUUUCGUCAUUACGGAUGCUCAAAGACAUUCGUAAUUUUUCAGUGAUAUUCUUUGGAGUUUUCGUGGCAUUUACACUCGGUGUGUGGAACAUUUACUCAUUCAGAAAUACAUUGGAAGCAAUCUACCCAAACGGCAACGGUACAGCACAACGUGUGGAAGACGAUAUUAGCACGUAUGUAUUCGGAAAUAGUAUUGCACGCAUAGUACUUUUCCAUACAACUGUUCAGUUUUCGAAAAAAUAUUUCUACUAAAAAUACAUGCAUGCAGUAACCCCUCGCCAAUAUUUCCAUACAUUAAACAUGACUGAAGUAUUCAGAAACGACCAGCACUGGACGCAGGCUCGCGCUCAAGUGUUGCCAUGACAACACGAUAUUCUUAAAUUUUUAUUUUCAUAUAUUUUGUACAAAACUGCAAAAUAGUUGAAAGAUUCGUACUUUUAACUAUACAACAAUAAAUUUCCGAAAUAUAUACUGUAGGUAUAUUAUUUUACAUUUUGUGAUCUUUGAUUUAAUGUAAAAUUUAACUUGAAACGCUUCGUAAAAUGUUUUGAAAUGUUCAUUCAAGUAAACUACAUUUUGCCGAUAAACUGUUUUUACUUAACCAGACAUGAUAAGUUUAAUACAAAUAAAACAAAUUGUUAGGUAAUUUCAGUUCAUUCUUCAAAUCAAUUUGUUCGCCUUUACACUUCAAGAUUUUUUCUCAAAUUAAACAGUAAUUUAUGAAACUUAGAGCUUCUAUAGUUCAUGUUUUUUAUUACGCAAAAAGUUAAAGCAACAAAAUUCGUAAACAUUUUAAAACUUGCCGUAUAUUUCCCGAUUUCCCGUAGGAAACCAAUUCUUCUCAUUUCUUCAAAGAAAUUUGCUUCAAGCUUGUUGUAUAUGAAACGAUUUUCCAAAUAUAUGUCUUUUAAAAUUGAAAUCUUGCUUGCCAUAUUUUUGAGAUCAGUGAGGAUGACCACCCACUCAAGAUCGUUGAUCGUUGGUGAGCGCCCGCGAUGAUUGAUGAACUUUAGACUUCGCUAAUCCUUUCGUUUCCCCGGGUGUAAAUAGCCGGUGGAAAUUAGUACUAGGACUAUUUUCAAACUCAAAACACUACCCAAAAAGUUUAAAAAUCCACCCUAUCGAUACUAAAGACAGUAAAAUACAUAUACAGUGAAUUGGCUUCAGUGGACUUAGUGCCAAGCCCGAAAUGUACUUUUCCCCGACCAAACUGCGAAAAAAACAAAUAUAAACAUCGGAAAAACACUUGACAGUGCUACAUGUUUUGAUUCAAAUGUUCUACAUAUAUUCAGCUAUUCUUCGAAAAUUUACGUAUAAAUAUAAAUAGUAGAACGUACAACUUUGUCCUUAAACAUAAAAUGUAAAAUAAAACAACCUUAAAUAAAGAGCAAAUUGUUUUUCGGCAACUAAAAUUUGUAUUUGUCUGUCAAAGGUGUAACUAGAGCGUUAAUUGGGGGGGGGGGGGAUAUUCAUAUAUUCGUGUUCUGCCCGACUAAUUUCUUUUGAAUUGAACUUUAAAACAAAGAAAUUCAAAAGAAAUUCGUCGGGCAGAACACGAAUAUAUGAAUAUACACCCCCCAAUUAACGCUCGAGUUACGCCUCUGCGUUUUUCAAGCAUGUCCAUGCUGCAAAACGAAUCGGAAAAUAAACAUUUUACUUUGUUUACCUUCUGCAAAACAAAUCGGAAAUAAAUAUUUUUACUUUGUUUACCUUCUGUUUUCUGUUUGUAUAGAAAAGCAUCUAUUGCAAUGAAACUAUAAAAGCUUUUUAUCCAGCUUUUAUCGCGUCGUUUUAGCAGUUUGUCAGCCAUGCUUGCAGUAAAGUAACAAACGCAACUGAUCUCAAAUGUACUUCGCAUCUGGAAUUUUAUCGGAAUUUCAUUCUAACCAUGAACUAUCAAGUAAAAAAUAAACACGUUAUUUACGUUUAGGUCGGUCCGUACUAAAAAUAUUUUCCCUCGGCCUCAGAAGCGUCCCUCGGCCUUCGGCCUCGGGCCGCUUCUGAGACCUCGGAAAGAUAUUUUCUCAGUACGGACCUCGCAGCCGGUAAAUAACAUAUAUUUAUAACGAUAUGAUGGUCUGGAGAGUAAACAGAAGUAAUCGCGUUAUUUUUUGUCUGAGUUUAUAUUAAUUUGUCCAAUAGGGAUAGCUCCAUUGCGAUGUUCGUGCCUGGGUAGUUACUGAAUGGACCAUUUGCAUUGUAGACUAAAUUUUGGUUUUGGCAAAAAUUUCAUAACAGCUUGAAAGAUCAUCACAAAAUUAGUAAUAUUCCAAAGUUUCCUUGCGAAAUGUUGCAAAAUGCGGAUAAUAUAUCCUUGCGAAAAUUUGCAAUUUUCAGUCAUUUUGUAUUACAAACGGGAAAUUGAUGCCCCAACACCCCAUUGGGCUGUCAAUUUCCCGUGCGUAAUACAAAAUGACUAGUGAAAAACGGCAAACUUCGCAAGGCUAUAUUAUCCGAAUUUUACAACAAUUCGCAACGAAACUUUGAAACAUUACUAAUUUUUUGUGAUGCUCUUUCAAGUAAUAUAUGAACAACGAGAGCGAGUGUUUCAUCUGGAGAUCCAAACACUCGAAAACAAUGUAUGAAAACACGAGCGCGAAGCGCGAGUGUUUUCAUACAUUGUUUUCGAGUGUUUGGACAUCACGGUGAGACAUGAGCUCGAGUUGUUUAUAUGGCUUCUCAAAUGAAUCGAGACGUAACACAAUGUUUUCGUUUGCUGAUUAGAAUAGAAUUCUUAACCAAGCCUAACGUAAUUAGGAAUUCUAUUCAAGUAAUUUUGCGUGCGUAUAAUUAAGAUAUUUGAUGAAAACACUAGUGACCUAGUGACUUUCAUCAAGUUUCACCGGGUUUCCAAAUGGCAUCUUGUGAUUAUCAUUGGCUGAAUUGCUCAUGAAUUAUUAAUGAAUUCGAGAAGCUGUGAUGAAAUUUUUGUCUAGAUCAAAAUUUAGUCUAUAAUGCAAAUGGUCCAUUAGCCUUUCUCACAUUUUUGGGGCACUAUCUGCCCUCGUAAAAUAUUCUAGAGAAUUCAAGCAACGUGAAAAGCGAUUUCUAAAAGUUGUUACUGUAAAUUAACCAUUAUACAAACAACUACAAUACUAAAAAGUUGCAUUUCAUGGUGCGGAAACUCUCAAAGAUGGGAGAGGCAGUACCCAAGAGAAAAUCGGCCGUGAGAAAGGAUAAUUAUGGACCAUCCUUACCAUUAUUUUAUUAUACAUGCAUAAUGGCUGCGUUAUCCAGUACUAAUAGAAGUGCUAUUUCUUUGGGCUAAUUAUAUUAGAGCCACUAGUAUAAUUUCACCGAAAAAUGCCACAUUCAUGGUAUGGCAAGCGAGGCAUUAUUAUCAUGAAAGUUCAAAAGUUGUAGAAGAGGCAAACCAAAUUAAUUGGGAAACGUACUACUAAUUGAAGGGAUGAAUGAAGAUAAUGUUUUAUUCUAUAAUUUAGGUUUUCACAGUCUUGGCAGGCUCUGUUUUGGGCAUUAUUUGAUCAAACCAACGUGAAAAAUUUUGAAAUCGCAAAUCCAAGGUUCGGCAUCACAAGUAAAACUGGGAAGUUAAUGUUCGCCAUAUACCUCAUCAGUGUUGUGCUAGUGGGAAUGAAUUUGCUCAUCGCAAUGAUGAACAACUCAUACGAAUACGUUGCGGUAAGUCAGCUGGCGAAAAUUUCUGCAAAGGAGGAACGAACUAAAUUAGAUAGUUAACGAGUGAAGCUUUUUGCUCUCGCUGAUUCUCUGAAUGUGAAAAUUAAUUUUGUGAGUGGGUUUAGCGCAUAAUUUACUUUAUUACAACUGCCACUGUGUUUUCCUUCGGGAGAUGUAGGCCUAUUGUAGCUUUUUUGCCGCGAGUUCAACGUUCAUUUGAAAUUCGAGGGAAAACAAAACAAACUCUUUCACCAGGCAAUAGACACUAAGUUUACUGUUAUGUAGCGAAGAAGAAAAAUAAAUAAUAUUCUGAAAAAAUUAUAUUUCACGAAUAAUGGGCCGAUGUAACGACCCCAUGACCCAAGUCAGCCCUGCUGGCCGAUAUUAACCUUGUCACGAAAAUGUUUUCCUCGCAAAAGGCCGUUUGUAUGAUUGAACUUUGUAAUGUUAUUGGAAUCAAACAAACCUAAUUCAACUUUGAAAUGUAACAUUGGAUGUUCAUCAAAACCAUGAUAAAAGCUUUAUUAAACGAAUCCUGCCUGCUAACCGGUGCAGCCUGGCUCCAUUGAACAGCCCUUGAACUCUUUAACAUCAAUGAUUUUAAGUAUUUUUCUUCUUUGUUGGACACUAUUCUUUUUGCGUGCUGGAAAACGUUCUUUUAAACUUUUGACUACAUUUUGAGCAUUUAUGAUCGUAUCAGCUAAAUGGUAUGAUCGGGCAACAAUUUUAUUUACUUUUUUACUCGUUUAUUUAGUUUCAAGCACUAUAUAUACGGUAAUAACAGAUUGGCUAAAAUUUAUAACCAAUUUAGUUGGUUGUCGCAGAUUCAAUAAAUCUGAGAUAUACAGUACCUUGAAUUGGUUGUUUUAACAAAAUCCAUUUUUACUGGGUACCUGUAUAACAAUUUCCAUUUAUUGCAUUAAGUUUCCGUGAACACUACCUUGAAAUAUUCCCUGAAAUAUUUUUCUUCAAUUUCUUGCAUGCAUGUGUUAUUUUAAUCCCUCCUAUGCAGACACUAGUUCUAUCAUGUUUGUCUUGCCGUAGCUAUUUCUGCGAUAUUUAAUGGGUUUUUGCUCAUAUAGAAUGAUAAAACUGCUCUGAACUGGACGAUGGAUAAAACGGCUUUAUGGUUAGAAUUCGCACAGAAGGAUGACUACAUUUUACCCCCACCAUACUGUAUUCUGCAAAUUGUAAUUUAUGUUUGCGACAGACUUAAG